GCAAAGAAAACUCUAACCUAACCCUCAGUUCCUCUCCCUCCCUGAAGCCAGUGAAGUGAACCUUACUCUUUCUCAAUCUCACAUCCUCACUCAGCCUCCGCAGAGCAGCAGAGGCACUUUCUCUCUCUCACACUCACGAUUGCCGGCUCCUCUGCCUCCUCGUCGCCUCAGCCACCUUCGUCGCUGCGUCGUCGCCUCGCCUCAGCUUGAUUUCUCUCCUCUCACCGGUCCCCGUCACCGCGCCGCACGCGUCUCCCUCUCCCUCUCCCUCUCCCUCUCCCUCAACCAAAGAGAAACCCUAGCCUCCUCCACCGCCGCAAGGAGUUCGCCGCUGCCGCCGUCCGUCGCACGCAGCAUGGGCUUCUCUCUUCGUCUUGUCUACAAUCAGUGGCGCUGAGCCAAUCCCCUUCUCUCCUUCUCCAGAACUCAGAACUCAACCUCAAGUCUUCAACCAAAGAAAAAGUUGAAAACCCUAGCCUCUGCCGCCGUCCGUCCGUCCGUCCGUUCGUCCGUCUAGCCACUGCCGCCGUCCGUCGCACGCAGGUCUUCUCUCUUCGUCCUGUUCUCCCCGUCUCCAACCCCUGCUCCCUUCUUCCGCAAGCUCGGCCCAUGCUUCGUCUUCAUCUGCUCAACGUCCUGCUCGCUGUCGUGUGGUCGGCGUCGUCAGUCGCGGCAACGUACUCUGCCCAGAGCCCCAGACUUCGAAGGACCAAUUUUAUCGGUUCAAUCAGUGAUCUAUCAGUUGAACCAAUAAACUAGUGAAUCAGGAGUCUGACCGAUUCGAUCACCAGUUCGGUUCUGAAGACUAUGUUUAUAGUUUCUUUUUUGUGGAAUGAAUCGUGUUCUUCUUCCGAAACAUGUCGCUGCGGUAAUAAAAUCCCAAAAGAACCCUCUUAGGGCAUUGGAAAUGUUCAACUCGGUGAAAACCGAGGAAGGGUUCAAGCAUACGCUUUUAACAUACAAAUGCAUGGUUCAGAAGCUUGGUCUCCACGGCGAGUUCGAGAACAUGGAGAACAUUCUCUCGGAGAUGAGAACCAACCUCAACAACGCGAUUCUAGAAGGAGCGUACGUCGAAGCCAUGAGGAGCUACGGAAGAAGAGGGAAAGUUCAGGAAGCUGUUGACACGUUCGAGCACAUGGACCUCUUCAACUGCGACCCUUCCGUACACUCCUACAACGCUAUCAUGAACAUUCUGGUUGAGCACGGGUACCACAACCAAGCACAUAAGGUUUACAUGAGGAUGAAGGAUAGAGGGGUUUGUUCCGAUGUGUGCACCUACACCGUGAGGAUCAAGUCGUUUUGUAGAACUAGGAGACCCCAUGCUGCUCUUAGGCUUCUUAAGAACAUGCAUUUCAUGGGGUGUAAUUCGAAUGCGGUGGCGUAUUGUAACGUUGUUGAAGGGUUUUAUGAAUCCGGGUGUUUUGAUGAUGCGCGUGAGGUGUUUGAUGAAAUGCUCGAGAGACUUUUGUUUCCUGAUGUUACAACUUUUAACAAGCUUGCUCAUAGGCUCUGUAAAAAGGGGAUUGUGGGAGAGAGUGAAAGGCUUCUGAGCAAGGUUUUAAAGAGAGGGGUUAAUCCCAAUUUGUUUACUUUUAAUAUAUUUAUUCAAGGGCUUUGUAAUGGAGGUCAUAUUGAUGGUGCUGUUAGGUUGCUUGGUGUUGUGGCGAGAGAAGGUUUGAGUCCUGAUGUUGUCACAUAUAACACUUUGAUUUGUGGGCUUUGUAGGAAUUCUCAGGUUGUCAAAGCUGAGGGAUACUUGCAUAAGAUGGUUAAUUGUGGGUUUGAGCCUGAUGGUUUCACCUAUAAUACUAUUAUUAAUGGAUACUGCAAGACUGGGAAGGUGCAAGAUGCUAAUAGGAUUCUGAAAGAUGCAGUUUUUAAGGGCUUCCAGCCUGAUGAGUUUACUUAUUGUUCCUUGAUCAAUGGAUUGUGCCAGGAUGGUGAUCCUGAUCAAGCCAUGGCUAUUUUUAAGCAUGGAAUUGAGAAGGGUUUGAGGCCAAGCAUUGUUGUUUACAAUACCAUGAUUAAAGGGUUGUCUCAGUUGGGUCUGAUUUUGCCAGCUUUGCAGUUGAUGAAGGAGAUGGCAGAAAAUGGCUCUCACCCUAAUAUGUGGACUUACAAUUUAGUCAUAAAUGGACUGUGCAAGAUGGGUUGUGUAUCUGAUGCCAAUGAUCUUGUCAAUGAUGCUAUUGCCAAAGGAUGCCUACCUGACAUUUUUACCUUCAAUACUUUGAUUGAUGGCUACUGUAAACAGCAGAUGUUAGACACUGCAAUUGAGAUGGUAAAUAGAAUGUGGAGCCAAGGUGUGACUCCUGAUGUUAUCACAUACAAUACUUUGUUGAAUGGGCUUUGCAAGGCUGCGAAAAGUGAUGAAGUAAUGGAGAUCUUCAAGGCUAUGGCGGAGAAGGGAUCCGCUCCAAACAUAAUUACAUACAACAUUAUCAUUGAAUGCCUUUGUAAAGAUAAGAAAGUAAAUGAAGCUUUGGAUUUGCUUGGGGAUAUGAGAAGCAAGGGUUUGGCACCUGAUGUGGUUAGUUUUGGCACAUUGAUCACUGGUUUCUGUAAGAUUGGGGAUCUUGAUGGUGCUUACAGCUUAUUUAGAAGGAUGGAAAAACAAUACAAUGUUUAUCAUACAACAGCAACAUAUAACAUUGUACUUUGUGCGUUUUCCGAACAGCUCAACAUGAAAAUGGCAGUAAAGCUCUUCUCUGAGAUGAAGCGAAAUGGCUGUGAACCAGAUAACUAUACCUAUAGGGUCAUGAUUGAUGGCUUUUGCAAAACUGCAAAUGUUACACAAGGGUAUAAUCUUCUAGUGGAAAAUAUUGAAAAGGGGUUUAUUCCAUCGCUAAUUACAUUUGGACGAGUUCUAAAUUGUCUUUGCAUGGAGGACAAGCUUCAUGAAGCAGUUGGUAUCAUCAACCUUAUGAUCGGAAAGGGUAUCGUCCCGGAUAUUGUAAAUACAAUCUUUGAAGCUGAUAAAAAGGUGGUUGCAGCACCCAAGAUUGUUGUAGAAGAUUUGUUGAAGAAAGGCCACAUAACUUACCAUUCCUAUGAACUACUAUUUGAUGGCAUUAGAGAUAGGAAGAUGCUUAAGAAAACGCUUCCAACAGUGAAGUCUCACGAUCGAAGGGCCACGUCAGCAGCUGUUACUUAAGAAAAUUGCUGAUUCUACUGGAAGAAUCCUGCCAAAAUGGUAGGAAGUUUCAUGGUGGAAAAUCUUCUUUACAUUUGGGAAAGAAAAACAAAAAGAGGAACCGGAAAUAUCAAGGAAUCUAGACAUGAAAACGUGAUUAUUCAUGUCAAGCACAUCACCAACUUUCAUAGCAAGAAAUUGAAGGGGCACAAAGUAUGAUGUGUCUUCUGCUUGGAGUGUCACUUGAACCAAAUUUUGGCCUCGAGUGUGAGUGUGAGAGAAUAUAACAUGUACAGAGAAAUCAGAAAUCUAAUUGUUUUGUAAUUACUCAAGAAAUAAAAAAAAAAGGAUAUUUAAAUUUAAUGC